AUAGCAACCGCGAGCAAUUGUCAAACAACUCGAAUAAUUCUUCUAAUUAUCCCCCGAAUUGUGUUAAUUAAUUACAAAUAAUUACAAAAAUGCAAACCGUCAAGACUUUACGCCGCCUACUGCCUAGAACGAAAUCAGUGUUUUUCGACCGGAAAAACUACGCGAAAAAAGUCGAGUUUCCGAAGGUGACGUUGAACGACAUGCCAAGCCCUGAGGGUGAUUAUUACACCCAAAACAACGCAAGACAGAGCAAAUACAACAUGCACUUGGCUAUCGGAGUUGGAAGUGUGCUUGGAACCAUUGCUUUUGGGCUUGCGACCGACAUGUACAAUUUUUUGGACGACAUUCCCGAAGAACCUGCCGAAAUCGACUGCUACAAGUAAUAAAUUUGUGGACUAAUUAAAAUGUUAUU